UUUACGUCAAUCAUUAGAAAUAGUUCUGAAAUUUUAAUCAAAUACCUGUGUUUUUUUUUUGAAAAUUUUAUGUAGAUGAAUUCAAACAAUUUAAAAUAAGAUCUAAGCUUUAAUAUGAACUCAGUGUUAAACCAACACUGUGAAAAAAUUGAACCUCAAGCAUAUCACAAUAAAACAAUUUUUUAAUAUAAAUUCAAAAAAAUGGAAUUUACAAAUUUAGUAUACUUUUUCUGUAUAACAUUUGCUACUGGAUUUCAAUUAUCAACAAAUACAAAUUCAAUUCAGGAUGAAAAUAAUUAUUCUAUCGGAAAAUUUCCAUUUCUAAUGCCAAAUGUUCAACCAACCAAACCAGAAACGUAUCUUUGCACUCCAGUAAAAAUAGAUCCUACAAAGAGUUAUUACAUAACUGCAUAUGAACCCAAUGCAACCAUGGAUACAGCACAUCACAUGUUAAUAUACGGCUGCCAGGAACCCGGUUCUGAAAAUCCUGUUUGGAAUUGUGGUGAAAUGGCAUCUUCCAAUUCAGAAGAAGAGACAGCGAGCCCUUGUUCAACAAGAUCUCAUUCUCAAAUUUUGUAUGCCUGGGCAAGAGAUGCUCCAAAACUAUACCUACCAGAUGGUGUCGGUUUUAAGAUUGGUAAAGAUUCACCUAUCAAAUAUAUGGUCUUACAAGUUCAUUAUGCUCACGUUGAAAAAUUUUUAACGGAAAAUAAAAGGGACGAUUCUGGAGUAGUUAUAGACUAUACUACAAAAUCAUUGAAUAAAUUAGCCGGGGUAUUAUUAUUAGGAACGAGUGGUGUUAUACCACCAACAAGUACAGAACAUAUGGAAACUGCCUGUGAAAUUACUGAGAAAAAGACAAUAUAUCCUAUAGCCUAUCGCACACAUACACACAAUUUAGGUAAAGUUGUGUCUGGAUAUCGUGUUAGACAAGAUAACACGGGAAAAGAUGAAUGGACUCUUUUGGGAAAGCGUGAUCCACUUACACCCCAAAUGUUUUACCCUGUGGAAAAUACGGAACCUAUUCUUUAUGGAGAUCAAAUUGCGGCGCGUUGCACUAUGGUUAGUAAUAGGCAUCGCUUUACAAGGAUUGGAAAAACUAAUGAGGACGAAAUGUGCAACUUCUACCUUAUGUAUUACGUAGUUGAUACAGAACCCCUUGAUAUGAAGUAUUGCUUCAGUCCGGGACCACCAGGUUACUAUUGGAACAACCCAGAUACAGGCCUUAAUAACAUUCCGGAUUAUGAAGCAAGUCAUUUGGACGAUGUAAAAGUGUAAAAUCUGUUAUCAAUAUUAAGGACGUAACAUCAAGUAGAAAACGAUUAAAAAAUUUGGAAAAGAAGCAAAUGUUUUAAAAGCAAUUGCAUCAAAACAAACUAUAAAAUCAAUUGAAUGUGAUUAAACAAAGUUACUUAAAUGAAAAUAAAUAUUCAACAAAAAAAAUAUAUAUAUAAAUAGAAAAAUAAAGAAAGAGUAUAAUAUAGUUAAAAAUUAUAGUAAAUAUAUUUAUACUAUUUACACAAUGUAAUAUCUGUAUAUGAAAAAUAUAAAUGUGAAUCUCUAUCUAUUUUAGAAAAGUAAAAACUAGAUGAAAGAGUCAAUGUAUAUACGCGUAAACCAGAUGUCUAUUUUAAUGUCUAAAAAAUAAA